AUGCAUUGAAGCAAGAAGAAGGGAAAGGCAAAGGCUUCCGUCUCCGUUUUUCCUGUUUGAUACGAAAGAAAAUCUCUUUAAUUUUUUUUCUUUAAAAAAAGGAAAAAAAUCCCUUUGGGGAAUGCAGAGAGAUGAGAAGGGCAUCGUUGACAAGGCCUGAGCUGUGUGGGCACGGUAAGCGGUCCAUCGGCGGCAGGAAUUGCCACCGUAAACACGUUGAAGACGGGUGAUUGCCAUGCACUGUCACCAAAAAGAGAGAAAGAAAAAUAAUUUGUUUGUCUCUCUGCUUUUAAUCUUCUGUUUAUGUGUGUUAUCUCUUGUCGUUGUAAAUAUACCAUAAUUCAGAUCGAAAAGAUCUAAUCGUUUUCUGUGUUGUAUUGGUCUCACAAAAAUGGGGGAGAAAACUAAAAGUGAUCACUCGGCUUUGCUUCAUGGAAAGUACGAGCUUGGUCGCAUGUUGGGUCAUGGAACCUUCGCCAAAGUCUACCAUGCACGGAAUCUUCAGACGGGGAAGAGUGUUGCCAUGAAAGUUGUUGGCAAAGAGAAGGUGAUUAAAGUUGGGAUGAUGGACCAGAUCAAGCGAGAGAUUUCCGUUAUGAAGAUGGUGAAACACCCCCAUAUAGUUGAGUUGCAUGAAGUCAUGGCGAGUAAGUCCAAGAUUUACUUUGCCAUGGAACUAGUUCGUGGUGGAGAGCUCUUCUCUAAGAUUGCCAAGGGUCGGCUCAAGGAAGACCUGGCAAGAGUUUAUUUUCAGCAGUUGGUUUCCGCUAUCGAUUUCUGUCAUAGCCGUGGGGUUUACCACCGCGAUUUGAAGCCGGAGAAUUUGCUCUUAGAUGAAGAUGGCAACUUGAAGGUUACAGAUUUUGGACUCAGUGCUUUCUCGGAACACUUGAAACAAGAUGGAUUGUUGCACACUACUUGCGGAACACCGGCUUAUGUGGCGCCUGAAGUUAUUGGGAAAAAAGGGUACGAUGGAGCUAAGGCAGAUAUUUGGUCUUGUGGGGUGAUUCUUUAUGUGCUUCUUGCCGGGUUCCUACCAUUUCAAGAUGAUAACUUGGUGGCCAUGUAUAGGAAGAUUUAUAGGGGAGAUUUCAAGUGCCCACCUUGGUUUUCCCCUGAAGCUCGAAGAUUAAUCACCAAGCUUUUAGACCCAAAUCCAAGUACCCGAAUCACCAUCUCAAAGAUCAUGGACUCGUCUUGGUUCAAGAAAUCUAUGCCCAAGACCGUGAGAACCAAGGAAGAGUUAGAGUUUGAAGCAUUCAAUGGUGACAAAUCAUCCAAGCCUGAGACGUUGAACGCCUUUCAUAUCAUUUCCUUGUCUGAGGGCUUUGAUUUAUCGCCUCUGUUCGAAGAGAAGAAGAGAGAAGAGAAAGGGGAGCUGAGAUUCGCUACAACAAGGCCGGCAAGCAGUGUAAUAUCGAGACUGGAGGAGGUGGCCAAGUCGAUGAAAUUCAGCGUCAAGAAGAGCGAGUCAAGAGUGAGGUUGCAGGGUCAGGAAUGUGGAAGGAAAGGGAAGUUAGCAAUUGCUGCUGACAUAUUUGCAGUGACGCCGUCGUUUUUGGUGGUGGAAGUUAAAAAAGACCAUGGUGAUACCCUUGAGUACAACCAGUUUUGCAGUAAAGAACUCCGACCGGCGCUUAAGGACAUUGUCUGGACGUCACCCGCCGAGAACUCGACACUGACUUGAUUGGGGCUAAAAAACCCAAAAAAAAUUAGGAGGUGGGAAGUUAUAUGUUCUUUCGACCAUUGUUCGAUGAUGUUAUUGUUGUUGUUUGUUAUUGUUGGGAUUGUUUAGAUGGAAAAAUGGAAGCAGAGGGCCUUCUGUUCUGGUUUUGUUCUGUUCUUUGAUUAUUUUCCAUCAAUGUCUUUGUGGGUUUGGUCCUUGUAUGUGUGAAUCAUUCCGCAACUUUAUUGUUGUUUGAUUCAUUUAUGUUGAUGUUUUCAUGUUGAUAUGUGCAAGUGGACUGCUUCAGUUACUGCCUU